GACAUGGGGCGACUUUUGAAGUUUUAUUAACAUCCAUUCAUUAUUAUGCAUUGGGACAAAAAUUAUUUAAAUGGCAUAUCCCAAAUCUUCUGUAGCAAACAAUGCAUUAUAGGCAAGUACAGUUUGAAUCAGCAUAAUUAAUUAAAUAUAAUAAUUAUAGAUUAUGUAUAAUUGUUUAUUAUUUGCAAGUAUAUAAACCCCUGAUAUGCCCUCCACUAAGUUCAAACCAAAUUUUAUUUUCAUUUCCCUAUUGUCCAAUUAAAAAAAAAAUAAUGAAAGUGAAAAUUGGGAGUUCAAAACUUGUUCAGCCUUUGUAUGAAGGCAAUCCACCCCCAACAACAAACUACAUUCCUCUAUCCGUCUUUGAUAAGGUCACUUAUGACCAACAUGUGGCCAUUAUUUACGCCUACCGCCCUCCGACCACUCCGAACGCUACAAUCGAGCUAGGGCUAAAAAAGUCAUUAGCCGUGUACCGCGAAUGGGCCGGUAGGCUAGGCAAAGAUAGCAAUGGCGAGCCCGUAAUUCUCCUCAAUGACGAGGGAGUUAGGUUUGUCGAAGCGUCGGUCGACCGCGCACUCGAUCAAACUGUGUCCAUCGGCCCCUCGGCCUCUCUCUUGAGCCUCCAUCCUAGCUUGGAGGGUGUGGAGGAGCUCGUUCAGGUUCAGGUUACUAGGUUCUCGUGCGGCUCGAUGGUGGUGGGGUUCACUGCCCACCACCUUGUGGCUGACGGCCACGCAACCAGUAGCUUCCUGGUUGCGUGGGGCCAGGCUAGCAGAGGGCUUGAAAUUAGCCCACUGCCUUUCCACGACCGUACAAUAUUCUCCCCGCGGGACCCACCUAUUCUCGAUUUCGAGCAUAGAGGGGUGGAGUACGUGAGCAAGAAUAUCAAAAAAGUAUACCCUUUGAUCGAUAAUAGCGUGGACGAUAUUGUGGCGCACAAAGUGCAUUACACGGCGGAGUUUCUCUCGAAGCUCAAGGCUAGGGCUUCGUCAAUGAACGGGCCCCACGACAGGCCCUUCAGCACUUUCGAGAGUCUUGUGGCCCAUCUUUGGAGGGCCAUAACUAGGGCACGUGGCUUAAACGGGCAAGAGAACACGCAAGUGAGAAUCUCGGUUGACGGGCGUGCCCGGCUGAAAAAUCCUAAAGUGCCGAAUGGGUAUUUUGGUAAUUUGGUAUUGUGGGCGUUCGCGAAAGCUAGGGCGAACGACCUCUUACGGGAGCCUCUGCCCUACGUCGCUAAGCUUUUGCACGACGCGGUCGUUAACGUGCAGGACGAUUAUUUCAAGUCGUUUAUCGAUUUUGCCAACCACAAGGCGAAGGAGGAAGACCUCGUGCCGAAUGCAGUGGCGGACUCGAAAGAGUCGAUAUUGUGGCCGAAUUUGGAGGUCGAUAGCUGGCUUAGGUUUCCAUUCUACGACCUUGAUUUCGGAAGUGGUGGGCCCUACAUUUUCAUGCCGUCGUUCUCUCCGACGGAGGGAAUGAUAUUCCUUCUACCGUCCUUCACCGGAGAUGGUAGUAUCGACGUUUUCGUUCCUCUAUUUCAACAAAAUCUCCCAACUUUCAAACAGAUUUGCUAUUCUCUAGACUGAUUAUAUUGAUGAACAUUAAAAUGAGUAAUUAUAUAUGCGUGCAUGUUUUUAAUUUCCAUAUUUUGGGGGCUUGAAAAGAUAUACUAAGCUCUAAUUUCAUAAUAUUAUUAAGUUGUAAUAACCUUGUCAAUUAUAUUACAGUAUUCUUGUUUUACUAUACUACAAGCAAUAGUAUAGGGAU